AUGAUGAACGAGGCAUAUACGGAAUGCCGUGUUCUGCCAGCGAUUAAUGAAACAUUUCCUCAAUUCAGUGCCAGACCAGCAAUAUUAGAACAUCAACAUCACCUGCAGCCACAACCUUCUCUGCUCCACCCACCAACAGUGCCACAGUCUCAGACAAUUUCACAUCAACAACAAAGGCAAAUAACACCAGUCAACAAUUUAAUAAUUUCCCCAUUGGAUCUUUCGCUGAGGGCAGGAGUUAAUAUUGUGCCCAUAACACCGCCAUCGACACCCUCGCCACCAAGGAAACGGUCAAGAUUUAUGACAGAGGAACAGCAACAGCAUUUUUUGUGGCGACCGCAUGUCAUGGGAACCACAAUACCGCAAACACAAGGGGACAGGCACUCACCAACAACAGCACUAACAAAUACUCCACUGAGAAGAAGUCCGAAUAGAGUCAUGGUAACGGAAAGUCAAAACUUUGUCGCCUCCGCUUAUGCUCGUCGAGAGGAAUUACCUUUAUUCACAAUGCAGGACAAUGAGGGAUAUGAAACAUUAAGGCAACAACAACAAAUGUUUGGAGAACGAAACAAUGCCAAUACACAGCUGCAGCAGAGCAGUGGAUCAGGAGAGGAUGGUAGCAAUUUUCCGGAAAUACCGAAAAGUCAACGAAGUGUAAUGAUAAUGGACGAAUAUCGCCGGCAGCCUCAGCAACUACCCAGUAUGCCAACAAUUUAUGUCGAUGAUGAGACAAUUGUCCUGACCGAAGAUGAGGAUGAGGGAGGGGCGGAUGAUGAGGUCAACAAUGAAGUCAAUGAAAACGAUGUUUCCGAAGAGGACGAAGAAAUUGAUGAAGAAAAUGAAACACUUGUCAGUUCUCAAGAGCUCAACGAAGAUGCGGAACUUAAUGAGACCCAUCACAACAAUCAUCACCACCACAACAUCUCUUCGCCACAUAGUUCGUCGCAUAACAGUAGUUCCGAACCAACAACUAGGUAUUCCAAUGGAGAAAAGCGACAAGACGAAAACGCCAACGAGGAAGAGGCGGACGAAGAAGAAUAUGUUGACAUUCUAAGUAACGAUGACGACGACAUAAAUCCUUUGUCCAGCAAAGCCAUCACCAUGCUCCGACUGCAGAGUCAAAACGAAAUCGAACAAGAACUGGCCAAGGAUGGCCAAGUGUUGACACGCAACAAAUUGGUCUACGAAAAUGAAGAAUUACACAAUCGAGCUGUCGAUGGACUGGCGAAAUUAUUUGACAGGGAUUUUAACAAAGGAAAUUCCAACAACGAUUGUGGCAGCGGCGGUGGCAACGACAACAAUGUGAAAACCUACAUUGAUUUGACAAAUUGCACAAAGCCCUGCGAGGAGAAUCCUUACACGGCACGGACGGACACCCACGACAAACUAGACACAAUUAUGAUAACCUCAAACUCCAGUGUACCUAAUAAUGUGAACCCCCAACUAGACUCACUGCCGACACAUAUUCGACCACCUUCGUAUAAAACCCAUAAGACCGAACGUAAACGUAUGAAACUUCGUAAGCACAUGUCACUCGACGAGGAGACCAUUAGUCCAGUUUCUGGCACUAUUAUUCGAAAACUACGAGACGACGAGGAAUUGGUGGUGCGUAAAGGCGACAUUGAUCCAGCUUUCAAUGUGGUCGAAGUCACCGAGGAAGCUAAAGCGAUUUUGGCCAGUAUCGAUAAUAAGAUUGGUGCGUAUUUGUGUCAGCUGUGUCGCACGCUGUACGAUGAUGCCUUUAAGUUGGCCCAACAUCGUUGUCCUCGAAUUGUUCACAUUGAAUACAAAUGUUCGGAAUGUGAAAAGGUCUUCAAUUGUCCCGCAAAUUUGGCAUCACAUCGGCGUUGGCAUAAACCCAAAUCGGAACUAUUGGCUAAUAGUCAGGCCAAGAAGCGACAACAUUCAGAACGGCUUCCCACAUCAGUUAGACAUUCUCCAGACAAAAAUAUCAAUGACGAUGGAGUCGAUGGGAUAUUCCCAUGUAAUCAAUGUGGCAAAACAUUCCGACGACAAGCCUAUUUGAAAAAACAUCAAGCUUCGCAUCAGAUGUUGGAAAAUCUCAAAUCAUUGGAUAUAUUUAAAAACUCCUCCGCAAACUCAGCAAACCUUCACCCACCCGUGGGAACACACUUAAAUGCAGCACUUCACACACCAUCACGUAUUCCCAAUACACCAAUAUAUCCACCAAUGAUACCGCCUCGGCCAUAUCCUACAACACGUUUUGGCGCCUUUCCAUUCGGAGCUCCCUUCGACCACCGACGUUUCUAUACCCUGGGCGAAUUCUAUUUAUCCCAACAAUUGGAACGUUCAUCGGCCUUUCAAUAUGUCCAAGCUAAUCAUUUGCGUAAUCUAAGUAAUGUUGCUGCGGGGAAUUUCGGUAAUCGUCCUACACCUCUAGUCCCGCUACCCGUUAAAUGACAAAAUAUUUUACGGCCAGUGCCAAGGAUAGCUGCAGCGGCCUCGUCAACAAUUACCGCAACCACCACAAUUAGUCAGGAAUCUUCUACUCCGUCUGUGGCCACUGGACGUCCGCCAAUAUUAAACCACUCUAAUCCUCCCUUACCACCACGACCCGUUGCAAAUCCCUCACCCAUAAAACCCUUUAACUUGAUGACAUCUAAUAUUUAUGGUUCUAGUAAUUCUAAUUCACGUUCUGAAUUUGAGGAUGUGUAA